AUGCCGAACGAAGAGCACGGGUUGAACUACUCGGAACUGGUUACCGAUGGUCCCUACAAGGAGAUUCACCGUCAUAACAUGAUCAGAUGGGGCGAAGGUGUUCGUAAUGCUGAACCGGACUUUUUCUGCAGAGCCACGAUACCUACGGACUGUACCGAUGACGUAGUAAUAAUUUCGGACUGCAGAAGACCAUCCGAUAUUGAAUAUUUUGAAAGUCAUUAUAAAACACUGAAAGUUCGUGUGAUGGCCAGCUAUGAGGAACGACAACGACGUGGAUUCGAAUUUGUCGAUGGUAUAGAUGACAUGCCUUCAGAAUGUGCACUGGAUGAGCAUCCCCACGACUUUUUAAUUAUUAACGAUAACUCCUGUGAUUUAGAAGAGCAGAUUCUGGCUGUAGUCCAAAAAAUACAACGGGUUUUAUCCUCCUAA